CUGCGUCUUCCUUGGAGAAUCACAAAAUAUUUUUUUUUCUUAUUAUUUUCUCUCUCAGAAGCACAGAAGAAAGGAACAGACUUUCAUGAAAACACAUUCGCUUCCGUACAUUCGCUUUUCGUCAUGCUUCUCCCUCCUUCUCUCUCUCCCGCAACGACGUGCUAUCCUCUCAUUCUCUCUCUCCUGACUUCUCUCACUAUCAUUUUCUCUUCGCCAUUUCUCCACAUUCCCAAAUUUCUCCAUUUCCCGAGCUCCUUUGAUUCUCUCCCGCUUAACCAUGGAUUCGAUAACCAUCGAAGAAGAAGACGAGGAGGCGUUGGCGUCGCUCGUCCCGGUUCCUCCGCGCCGUAAGACGCAUUCCUACAGCCAGCAAUUCGACCUGAAGCCGCACCAUCAGAUCCGCAAGCACAGCCUCGACGAGGUCCCGAGAUCCACGACGUUGGGAGCCGAAGCCGUCUAUUUCGAUUCCUCCGACGACGAAUUCUCCACCGGAGGAGGACUCAUCGUCAACGGCGAAGGCGACUGCGACGGAAGCGGCGGAGGUGAGGAUUACGCCGUCGUCAAGCCUCCUCCUAAUGUCGGUGUCGGUGAGGACGAUCUCGAGCCACUCCCGGAAUUCAUCGGCGCGGGAGGCGGCGCCGGAAUAUUCAAGGUGCCGGUGCGCGCGGCGGUGCACCCCGGACGUCCGCCGUGUCUGGAGCUGCGGCCGCAUCCGCUAAGGGAGACGCAGACGGGGAAAUUCCUAAGGAACAUUGCUUGUACGGAUACGCAGCUCUGGGCGGGUCAGGAGAACGGCGUGAGGUUCUGGAACCUGGAAGAGGCGUACGAGGCCGGGUGUGGGAUCGGCGGCCAGGUACGGCGAGGGGAUGAGGAUACGGCGCCGUUUCAUGAGUCUGUUACUACUUCCCCUACCAUGUGUUUGGUCGCUGACCAAAGCAACAAGCUUUUGUGGAGCGGCCACAAGGAUGGCAAGAUCCGGGCUUGGAAGAUGGAUCAGCCUUGUGCUUCUGAUGAUUCGAAUCCUAUAAAGGAGCGAAUCUCGUGGCAGGCUCAUCGUGGUCCCGUGAAUUCCAUUGUCAUUAGCUCUUAUGGUGAUAUGUGGUCCUGUUCUGAAGGAGGUGUGAUAAAAAUAUGGCCUUGGGAUUUGUUAGAGAAAUCUCUUCUGCUUAAACCGGAGGAGAAACAUAUGGCUGCGUUGUUAGUGGAGAGGUCUGCGAUUGACCUCAGGUCCCAAGUUACUGUGAAUGGGACAUGCAGCAUAUCUUCCUCAGAAGUCAAGUAUUUGUUAAUCGAUUCAGUGAGAGCUAAAGUGUGGGCUGUGCAGUCACUCUCAUUCUCAAUCUGGGAUGCUCGGAGUAAAGACCUUUUGAAAGUUUUAAAUGUUGACGGGCAAGUUGAGUGUCGUGUGGACAUGCCACCUACACAAGACCAACAAGCAGACGAAGAGAUGAAAGCGAAGUUCUUCUCAGCUUCCAAAAAGGAAAAGUCGCCGGGAUUUCUGCAGCGAUCACGUAAUGCCAUUAUGGGAGCUGCUGGAGCUGUUCGCCGAGUCGCAACCAGAAGUGCAGGAGGGUUUGCGGAAGAUACUAGAAAGACAGAAGCUAUCGUCUUAGCCGUGGAUGGAACAGUUUGGACUGGAAGCAUGAGUGGCCUAAUCGUCCAGUGGGAUGGAAAUGGAAGCCGCUUGCGGGAUGUGAAUCACCAUCACAGGCCUGUUUUGUGCUUUUGCACUUUCGGGGAUCGAAUAUAUGUGGGAUAUGCAAGUGGCUACAUCCAGGUCUUGGAUCCUGAUGGAAAGUUGAUCGCAAGCUGGGUUUCACACAAUGAGCCUGUGAUAAAGCUAGCAGCAGGCGGUGGUUUCAUCUUUAGCUUGGCCACUCAUGGUGGAGUAAGAGGAUGGUAUGUGACGUCACCAGGACCUCUGGACAGCAUAAUCCGAACGGAAUUGUCUCAGAAGGAAGCUUCAUAUGCCAGACAAGACAAUGUUCGAAUCUUGAUCGGCACCUGGAAUGUUGGUCAAGGACGGGCUUCACACGAUGCGCUUAUCUCGUGGCUGGGUUCUGUCACUUCAGAUGUUGGCAUCGUCGCUGUUGGAUUGCAAGAGGUGGAGAUGGGGGCAGGAUUCCUUGCCAUGUCUGCUGCUAAGGAAACGGUUGGACUUGAAGGAAGUGCUGUGGGGCAAUGGUGGAUUGAUGCAAUUGGAAAAGCACUUGAUGAGAAGAACACUUUCGAGCGUAUGGGUUCAAGGCAGUUGGCAGGUCUUUUGAUAUCUCUCUGGGCGAGGAAGGAGAUUAGAACACAUGUUGGAGAUCUUGAUGUUGCAGCAGUCCCAUGUGGCUUUGGCCGAGCCAUUGGCAACAAGGGAGGCGUGGGUCUGAGAAUCAGAGUUUAUGACCGAAUAAUCUGCUUUGUGAACUGCCACUUGGCUGCGCAUUUGGAGGCAGUAAAUCGCAGAAACGCGGAUUUCAAUCAUAUAUUCCGAUUAAUGGUGUUUUCACGAGGACAAAAUCUGAAUAACGCUGCAGCUGCUGGUGUCUCAACAGCAGCUUAUACUCUAAAGACCACCACUAAUCCAAGCACCGGCACUGAAGAAGUCAAGUCUGAUUUAGCAGCAGCGGACAUGAUCGCAUUUUUUGGGGAUUUCAACUACAGGCUGUUUGGUAUAACCUAUGAUGAAGCGAGAGACUUCAUUUCACAGCGAUCCUUCGACUGGCUCAGAGAAAGGGACCAACUUGGACAAGAGAUGAAGGCUGGGAAAGUCUUCCAAGGAAUGCGUGAGGCCUUAAUCACUUUCCCUCCCACUUACAAAUUCGAAAGGAACCGCUCAGGGCUAGGAGGAUAUGAUUCAGGGGAGAAAAAGCGGAUUCCUGCAUGGUGUGACAGAGUCAUAUACAGGGACACUCAAUCAAGCCCAUUCUCAGAGAGCAACUUGCAAUGCCCUGUUGUUUCAUCUGUUAUUAUGUACGAAGCUUGCAUGGAUGUUACUGAGAGCGAUCACAAGCCCGUACGCUGCAAAUUUCAUGCGACCAUAGCCCACGUUGAUAAAUCUGUGCGGAGGCAGGAACUGGGGAAAAUAAUAAGGUCCAACGAGAAGAUAAUAUCCAUAUUCGAGGAUCUAAAAUUUGUUCCAGAAACAACUGUGAGCACCAACAACAUCGUUCUUCAGAGUCAGGACACAGUCAUCUUAACAAUCGCAAACAACUCAACCACGAGCAAAGCCAUUUUCAGCAUUCAAUGCGGCGGUCACGCUAUAGUUAGGGAGGAUGGAGAAGAGCCUGACUAUAAUUCACGAGGCUCAUUUGGUCUUCCUCGCUGGCUUGAGGUUUCGCCGGCAGCUGGGAUGAUAAAACCGGAAGGAUCCGUAGAUGUGAAGGUUCAUCACGAGGAUUUCCACACAAUGGAAGAGUGUGUUGAUGGCAUCCCACAGAAUUGGUGGUGCGAAGACACUCGAGAUAAAGAAGCCAUCCUGGUGGUGAACAUUCGAGGAAGCUGCUCAACUACAUCGACAAGCCACUCUAUCAAAGUCCGUCACUGCUUCUCAGCAAGAGUGUGCCUCCUUGAGUCCAAACCCACAAACCUAACAAAGAAACUUGGCGGUUCACGUCGCUAUCCAACAGAUAUUAGCCGUAAUGCAAGCACCAGACCCAAAACCCAAGACUCGGUAAAACGGGGUAAAAGCUAGUGAUGAGCUCUUUGUAACAUUCACAGUUAUAACUAGAUCGUAGAGCAGAUGAACUACAAAGCCAUCACAAAACAAAUGCAUCACGUGAAGGAAUCGCUUUUAUUCAUUCUUUGAUUCUUUAGAGAAUCCUCUUUUUUAUGUCGGAAACUGUAGAUUUUCUUUGAGAACAAUCCUCAGGUAUGUGACUCUUGUAUACAUUUGUUACUCUUACAUAAAAAGGCGCCAAUUGACUGAGUCUCAGAGUGCAUACAUUCUCUUCUUGUUAAAUUCGCCGUUGAGAAUCUCUGACUCUGAAGGCAUAUGAGAGAGUGAGAAAGAUCUCGACUUGCUUCUCUCUUUCCUCAUGUUUUUCAGUUUAGAUUCCUCAAUCCUAUGCAUAAUCACACAGUAACACAUUGCACCUAUCGUCGUUAGCAUAAUCGUCCCGCCAAUAACCGUUGCACAAAUCGCCAGCCAAAUAUCUUCCUUACCCACAACGAUAAACGAGAGAGAAACAAAGGCAAUGGAUAUGAACAAACAAGCCAACCACAUGAGCUUGUUGAUCACAAACACAAGCUUCUUCUUUGCCUUCUGCUCAAUCACCACAACCGAAGUCUGCACCACAACUACAGCCAACGAUAUGAACAGCGCCAAGCUGUCGAAUAUAAAGAAGACCAAGAACGGGGCUUCGUUGGCUAUUCGAGCUUCUCCUAACAACAACGGUCCUUUUCUUCUGUCCUCUUCAUAUUGUCCAGGUAUGGUGAAGAUUGCUGCAAAUGCAACUGUUGCGAUUAGGACAGCCACAACGGUUGCUGAGUUGAUAGCGUUGUUCAGGCCGCUUAUGUGAAGCUUCUUCAGUCUCUUUGCGAUCCUCUGAACCCUAGCACCUGUUUGGCGAGACUGUUGGAGCUGAGAUUGUACCUCGUGUCUGAUGUCGCUUACCGUUUGCUUAAGUUGUAUAGCUGGGUUUCGAGGCUUCCCAAGCUCUUUAGCUGUGGCAGCUCCUGCUUCCUUCAAAACCGACACGAGCUCUGCGUUUCCAAUCUUUACAGCUACAUCAAGUGCAGUAUCUCCAGCCUUGUUCAUAGCAUUAAGGUUAAUCCCAUCAAAUGUUACCAAACAUCGCACUAUCUGCAAGUACGGCCUUUCUUUGUGGCAAUGUGCAAUGGCGUGUUUCCUUUAUUAUCUUCAACGCUCAAAACCGCAGGAUCAGGUUUCACCAACUCAAGAACAAUCCCUUCUUUUCUACCUUUGACGGCCAUGUGGAGCGGUGUUUGUCCCUUUUUAUCGGUUCUGAAGCCGAUGCUCGCAUCGUUACCUAUCAAGGACUUGACAACUUCGACAUGACCCAUCCGCGCUGCAGAGUGAAGGGCGGUUUUACCAUUGUUCUUAGCGAUCUUAGCCAAAUGAGAAUCUGUCUUCAAAAGAAGAUUCACCACAUCAAUGUGUCCUUGUGUAGCAGCCGUGUGCAAAGCGGUUGUACACAGUAAAUCUGUUGUCAUGGCCAGAUUCGGAAACGUCUCCAAGAGCUUCUUCAAUGCCUCUAGAUGGCCUUGCUUCGCUGCGACAUGGAAAGGAUCAAAACCGUUCCUAGCUGCAAUCGAAGCGGUUUCAAGGUCCAUAUGCUUCAACAUCUCUCCGACAACUAGCGAAUGCCCAUUCUCUGCUGCAGCGUAAAGAGGAGUCUCUCCUUCUAGAUUCUGAUUUGACAACAACUGCUUCAACUCUUCAGUACCGUUACAACACCGAAUCGAUUCCAUAACCUUUCCCAGAUUCCCCGUUCGAGCUCCGAUAUGAAGAGGAGAGUCUCCUCUUUUGCCAGGUGACUCAUUCUUCUUCUUCCUCUCACCACCGCCAUUCAUGAAACUCAGCUGUCUCUCCAUAACUAAACGAAAGCUUUUCUGCUUCUCAACAAACCCACGGACGCUUCUCUGCCUCUCCAUUGUUGCCCUCUCUUGUUUCUCCAUAGCUCUUCCUUUGAUUCCAUGUUUCUCUACAUUCCCAGAUUGGAAACUAACUUGCUUCUCCAAAGCUCCUCCCUUUCUCCCCUGAUUUGCACCAACGCAUCUGAGACUCUCUUGUUCCUCCAUGAAUUCACCUUGAAAGCUAUGUUGCUUCUCCAUUACAGGAGCCAAAGUACCCAUCUGCCUCUCCCUUAUCUUCUUCCUACUACUACCUAAUUUCUCGUCGCUAUCAAUAACAAUUUUUUCCCCCCAACCAAAUCUAAAAGAUGCCAACUUUGUUCGUCUCGCAUUCGAAGAAUCCGUGAGAUCUUUUCCAGCAACCCUUGUUUCCGUAGUAAAGGAAUCAGGUGGAAAAUGAAAAACCUUCACUUCCUUGCAAUUUCCAGAUUCUUUGUAGAAAUUCAAACAGAUGUGAGGACAGAAGAUCGAAAGAAAGAAAGAAAAAGGUUGCAGCUGAUUUCAGUAGAGUGUAGUACUAAGCAUCUGAGGGUUUUGUAAAUCUCAAGGCUUUUUUUGUGUGGUCCCACAUGUAAGAAUCUAAGUCCUAAGCCAUUGACGAAGCCCAGGAAGAUGCGCAUAGAGAGAGAGAGAAAGUGUCAGCAUCUUCAGCUGUUCAACGAUUUAGGAGCCAUCCCUUUUUGGUGGUCCUUUUCUUCAUUAAUUUAUUUCGUUAAAUUUCCAAAAUC